CAUAGUAAAGGGAGCCAUGACACAAGCAAACAAAAAAGACGGAGGCGGCCGAACAGCUCUACAUGUCGCUGCUGAGAAUGGUAACUUGAAGGAGGUCGAAAAGCUCCUCACGAAAGGAGCCAAAGUUGAUUCGAUAGACAGAGAACAGCGUGAACCUCUUCAUUAUGCUGCUAUGAAUGGACACAAGGAUGUCGCUGAAAGGCUUAUCACGAAAGGAGCCAAAGUUGAUGUUUAUGACUAUUAUAAUUGGACACCUCUUCAUUAUGCUGCUAUGCAUGGACACAAGGAUUUCGCUGAAAUGCUCAUCACGAAAGGAGCCAAAGUUGAUUUAGGAGACGGCGAUGUUCGGACCCCUCUUCAUCAAGCUGUUAUGAAUGGACACAAGGAUGUCGCUGAAAUGCUCAUCAUGAAAGGAGCCAAAGUUGAUGUUAAAGACUAUUAUAAUCGGACACCUCUUCAUCAUGCUGUUAUGAAUAGGCACAAGGAUGUCGCUGAAAUGCUCAUCAUGAAAGGAGCCAAAGUUGAUGUUAAAGACUAUUAUAAUCGGACACCUCUUCAUUAUGCUGCUUGGUAUGGCAACUUACAGAUCGUUGAAAUCCUUGUCGCCAAUCGAGCCAGUCUUACUGAUACAGAUUAUCUACAUGAGACACCUUAUCAGACUGCUUUGAAUAAUAACAAAAAGGCGGUGGCUGACUAUCUUAAGGAGGCUGAAGAAAAAAGACGCCAAAAUUAAAAUCAAUUGAAAAAUCAAAUUGUUUCCUUUGAGUUCCGUAUUCGAUUGUCAUGUAGAAUAUUAACCCGCAAACGGGCAAGCUAAAUCACUUAAGACCGAAAUGGACCCAUAGUUUUAUGGCUGUAAAAUUGAAAAAAAAAACGCAAUAUAUUUUCAAAAGUGAGACUGUGCUGGAAGCUAGAAAGAUGCAUCUCUCAAACCGUUUGAGUCAAACGUGCCAUAUGCAGACAAAAUUGAAUGAAAUGUACUACUUUUUAUGAUACAUUCCUUUUUACACCGAAAACAUUAUCAAUUCUGGUGGAGAAAUGACUAUUUUUUGCGUUUUUUGACAUUUGACAAAAAUUCAAAUGAAUACAUGUCUCUGUUACUUUUCUAAGGUUCAUCCAAUUUUAUUGGUAUAUUGCGCAUUGAAAUGGUUUUCGGAAUAAUCCUACUUUGGAUGAUAUAUUAUGUAUUCCCAAUUUUACAACCAUAAAGCCAUGGGCCCAUUUUGGUCCAAUUUGCCCGCUUGUGUCCGAAAAAUAUAUUUAGCUCCACGGAGCGUCAUCAAAUGAUCGAUCAUCGAUGUUCAAUUUUUUUUGGCUGUAAUACGUGGAAAGGAUCAAAGAGAACAAUGCAGCACCUUUUCCGCACAAGAAUAUAGUUUUUAUAUAUUUAUUUAUUGAAAAACCAUCUUUUCGGACCACAACGGAGCCACUUGCCCGGUUGAGAGUUAAUUUUAAUAUAUUUUUAUCAAAAUUUAACCAUAUCAAUGUUGCUGCUUGGUUCGACUAUAUCGGUUAUGAUAUGAAAAGUUGAUAAACCAUAUACGAAUGCUAAGCAAAAAGCUGUAAACUUCCGAAUACACUCAUAAUUUCAAGUAA